AUGAAGAACAUCUCCAGCAAAGCAACUAUGACAGAACACUUCCCCCCCGACCUCACCCUCCUCCUCACAAUCCGUUUCUCUGCCUCAAUCCCAGAUGUCCUUCUUGAAAUCCCUGACCCAACCCGCCUGACAGCCGCGGGCCUCAAACAACUCAUCCGCCAACAUCUCCCACAGGACCUCUCCACACACCGUCUCCGCCUCAUAUAUGCUGGCAAGGCCCUCAAUGAUACCUCUCCGCUCGCCUCCAGUCUAAAAAUCGCGUCUACCAUAUCUGGGGUCGGACAUAAUAACCAUAAGACCUCAUCCCCGUUGCCGGAUUACUCCUAUGUCGUCGGUGCUGGGAAUAGGAAUGUGAAAGACAAAGGCAAAGCACCCGUGCGUGAUCCGCCCACACCACGGCUACGGACGUAUAUUCACUGCUCGAUCGGAGAUAUCAUCCUCUCCGCAGCAGAGUUAGAGGCGGAGGCGCGGCUUGCGCGUGCGGCGGAAGAAGAUGAUACGGAACGGUGGGAAGGGACCAAGCGGCCAGUGGUGGAUAACAAGUCCUCCUCUCUGCUUAUCCCUUCUUCUUCUUCUUCUCUCAACAACCCACCACAAUUCUCCUCCUCGUCAUCGUCCUUAGAUACUUUUGCUGCCGCACCGCGUGGUACCAUUUCCACUUCCACUUCCACUUCUACACACCAUGGCCAUGGCCAGCAGCACGCCCAAUCAGCAUCCACCUCCACCCGUCCAUCACCUACCCCCACUGGUCCCAGAGGCUUCGACCGCUUGUUAGAAGCAGGCUUCACAUCUGCCGAAGUGUCCGCACUGCGUUCGCAGUUCCUCGCCCUCCAGUCCCUCUCGUAUACGCCGGAUACAAUGCCGUCCGGCGCGGAGCUGCGACGCCUGGAAGAUAUAUGGAUGGACGAGGGGGCUUCUGCGGGCUCGAUGGAGAUGGGCGGCAGCGGCAUGGGGACAGGUGGGGCCAGUGGCAGUGGUGAUGCGGGGAUUGCGAAUUAUGGGAUCGGGACAACGUCGGGGGCAGCAGGACCGCUGGAUGACAUGCUGUGGGGUUCGGUGAUGGGGUUCUUUUGGCCGGUGGGGUGUGGGCUGUGGUUGCUAAGGGAGCAGGGGGUUUGGAGUUGGAGGAAGGGGUUGGCGGUUUUUGUGGGGAUUGUGGUUAAUUUUGGGUUUGGGUGGUGA